GCAAAUUCAUGAUAAUACCUAAAUACGGGUCUCCAACUUUAGCACGUAACACGAGUCAUCAUCCUUGUCCUAAGGUCAGGUUUUGGAUGUUGCAUUGGAUCAUGUCCCAUGCCGCACUAUAAAUAGUGAAGAGAGCCACACCCUUAUGCAUCCCUCUGUCUUAGUGUCUCUUUGAAAAUGAAGAUCUCAUAUGCAACAUUUUGCAUUAUGCUUAGUUUAGUCCUACUAUAUGAGACAAAGGGUUCAGUGGCAGCAGUGACGUGUAACGCGUUGCAGCUGAGUGCAUGUGCCAACGCCAUGACAUCCUCAAGUCCUCCUUCAGCGGUUUGUUGUAGCAAACUGAAGGAACAAAGGCCUUGCCUUUGCCAGUAUUUGAAAAACCCCAACCUCAAGAAGCUUGUUAACUCUCCCAAUGCUAGGAAGGUUGCUACCACUUGUGGUUCCCCAUUCCCCACUUGCUAGCCUUAAACUAUUACCUUCAUAUAUAUAUGAGUAUCUUAUGUAUGUGUUUUUCUAUGUAAUCUACUCUGUUUUGUUUCAAGUGGGACAGGUCCUCUGCUUGUCUCUCUGUUUGGUGUGGUCGUGCUACAACAUUGUGUCCCUUGUCAGUUGUUGGAGAAUUUCAUCUAGUACCACUUUGCAUCUACUAAUGAAUGUAGUUUGCUGAUUAUGAGCACGCAGCUUUUAUUUGCCCAUCGUACAAAUAAUUUCUCAUCA